GACGAAGAUGACGACGACGAUGAUGAUGACGACAUCGAUGCCGGUAGUGUAAAAACAGUGAGAAAAGCCUUGAAGAGAACCCUAGACAAAGGUAAAAGGACGCCGACGGGAAAACAGAGAUAGGCGAUGGCUGUUUCUACAUCGGGAUGGGCGGUAAAAGUGCGAAACCCAAGAUUCCUUCCUAUGCACCUUACCAGUGCUGUCCAGCCGAAGUGGCACGUGGUACCAAAGUCGCAAAGGCCAGCCCAGUAGCCAAGUCUGUGGGUAGAAAGUCAUCAACAAAGCUGCAGGUUGCACCCCCGUUAAAGCCGAUAAACAAGCUAUCGGCAAAGGACAGCAAAAAGACGGCGAAUCUACAGGUACCUUCGACUACUGCAAAGGCGGAUAGCAAAUCGGGAAAAGGGAAAAAGGGAUUCUUCGGAAGUGUUGUAGCUGGGAUUCCGUACCUCAUCAAGGUCUAGGGAGAGAAAUUCGAGAACGAUCAAAUGAACGGAAAAAAGAAAAUUGAGUUAUAGAUGAAAAUGGCGGGUUGGGUGGGACUGAAGUUUGGAAAAGAGAUGAAAAAAAAUCACUGGUAUCUAAAAAUCUGUACAUCUAGAAAUGGGAUUAAGAAAACAAAAAACCGGAGGAAAGCUGCUGAAAGAAAUGAAAACUGAAUAAAUUCAUGAUGGUUAUUUGAAACAGAACGUGGCUGACCAAGACCUCGAACUCGAAUUCUGAACCUUCGACAGUGAUUGAAUAAAUAAAAGAAAUACCAAA